UAGGCGAGUUAUUACAUAUAAAAAUGCUUUAAAAAUUACAAGCCAGAAGAAGAAGAAUAACCUAAAAAAAUGAUCUAUAUUUUUAAAUAUCUUAAUUUAAUAAUGAAAUUUCGUAAGCAUCGUAACUUUGCAUAGAUAGUUAUAAUGAAAAUAUGUAUAAAAAGAAAAAUUAAACCAUUUCUAUUUUUUGUGUUUAUUAAUGUAAUUUUAUUAGUGUUUGGAGUGUUUACACAUUUCUUUGAGGAAGAUUUUAAAAAAUUUCAUUACCCUUACGAGGGCAAUAUAGAGGAAUUUAUUUAUAAACUGAAACAAAAUGAAACACCUGAGGUAUUACCCAUAAAUUAUUAUAACUUUAAGUUUAACAUUAAACCAAAAAAUAAAUGUGAAAACAUAAAAAACCUAAGAUUGGUCUUUAUCAUAAAAUCAUCGCCAGAAAAUGUGCAUAACAGAGAAGCCAUAAGAAUAAGUUGGGGAUUUGAAAGAAGGUUUUCAGAUGUCGAAAUACGAAGAGUUUUCCUAUUAGGAUUACAAGGAUCAAAUAUUGUUCAAAAUAACAUAAAUAAAGAAGCUAAAGAUUACAAUGAUAUUGUUCAAGGAAAUUUUACUGAUAGUUAUUACAACAACACUUUAAAAACAAUGUUGGGGUUUACAUGGGCUAUACACUCGUGUAGUAACUCAAGAUUUUACAUGUUUGUGGAUGAUGAUUAUUAUGUUUCCACAAAAAAUGUUUUAAGAUUUAUAAAAUACCCUACCCAAUAUCCAACUUACUUAAAAAAUCCUACAAAAAAUUUUAACAAGGCACUUCAUCAACGAAGGAUUAAUCAACUCGACCUGGAUUUAAAUGAAAAUGUUCGUUUGUAUACUGGAUAUGCAUUUGAAUCUUCCCCUUUAAGACAUUACACAAGUAAAUGGUAUGUGUCUUUAGAAGAAUAUCCAUAUAAUAAAUGGCCACCCUACGUUACUGCUGGUGCCUAUGUUUUAUCAAGAGAAGCAUUGAUGGAUAUGUAUUAUGCCAGUUUUUAUACAAAACAUUUUCGUUUUGAUGAUAUAUAUGUAGCACUAUUAGCAUUUAAGGCAAAAAUUGAACCAUUUCAUUGUGAGGAGUUUUGUUUUCAUAAAAAAACAUAUUAUAGAAAAAAUUAUGAGUUUGUUGUUGCUUCUCAUGGUUAUAGUGAUUCAAAAGAAAUGGUAACAGUUUGGACUGAUCAAAAAAGUCUAGGGUUUGCAUAAGAUAGAAAAUUAUUUAAUAUAAUAUAAAUAAAUUUUUAACCAUUGAGGUUGAGACAAUAAGACUGUUUAAUGUAAUUAUCUUAUCAGUCUUUGUAAUAAGAUGUCACAAAAAAAUAAAAAAUUGUUCAGUAAUAAUCUAAAAUGAUGA